GAUGCUGUGGUGCUUUGGACAAUGCAUCCAUGGGAAAGAGAUGCUCGUCUGCUAAGGGAGGCAGUGUACAAGCGUCCAAAUUAUGGCAUUCUUGUAGAGACUGCUUGUACUAGAUCAUCGGAGGAACUAUUAGGAGCAAGAAGAGCUUACCAUUCCCUCUUUGAGCACUCAAUUGAGGAAGACAUAGCUUUCCAUAUCCACGGCUUUGAGAAAAAGCUUCUAGUUGGAUUAGUAAGUGCGUACCGUUAUGAAGGUCCAAAAUACAGCGAAGAAGAAGCAAAAUCUGAAGCGAAGAUUCUCAAAAAUGUCAUAAAAGAUGGUGCUAAGAAGCUCCACGAGGAAGAAGAGAUUGUCAGGAUUCUAACUACAAGAAGCAAGCUUCAUCUAAAGGCUGUAUUUAAGCAUUAUAAGGAAACUAGUGGCAAUUAUUUGGACGAGGAUCUUGGUGAUCAGUUAAUUCUAAAACAAACAGUUCAAUGCCUUUGCAAGCCAGAGACAUACUUUACCGAGGUUUUGGAUGUUUCCCUUAAAGGCAUUGGGCAUGACUUUGCAAAAGAAGCCUUGACCAGAGUUAUUGUUACCCGAGCAGAUGUAGAUUUGAAGCUCAUCAAAGAAGAAUAUCAUCAGCUUUCUGGGGUUACUCUAUCACAUAAGAUUGAAGAAAUAGCCAAUGGGAACUUCAAAGAUUUUAUGCUUACUUUGAUUGCUAGAGGAGAUCAAGAAAAUUAACUCAACUUCGUGCUUGUGCAUUGCUGUACUU